GGAAAACAGGGUGGCAUAUUCUGCUGAGCUUUACUCUGGAAGGAGCAUUUUUAAAAAAUCUACCCAGAGAAAAGAGAAGCAAUGGGUAUGUUAGUAUACAAUUAUUACAGCCAUGCCUGCCUGCGAGCUGCCCUUUCGACAGGCUGUUGACCGCUGUUGCAAUUAGCUGAUUGGAGAAAGUGGAAUGCAGAGUGAUAAUGCUGCAUAUCUGCUAUCAGAAAGCAGGAAAGGGUUUUGUCUUGGGAAGGCAAGCCUUGUCUGCAAUAUUAUCUCAGCAGCUCCCUAGCUGCUUAUCCUGGGAACUAGCGAUCCAAAAGGAGGGUGUAGCCCUCUUCUAACACCGGUCCUGUGCGUGGCUAUUGCAUAUGAGCGGCAGGUCGGAAAAAGCAGGUGUGUGCUCGGAUGGGCACUGGACUGUAACGCAGGCGGACGCUUUCGGGUUUACCUGCUUCCUGUUAACAGAUUGUUGGCUCACAGAGCAUCUGCCUGCACGCUGAGGCUGAGGAGGAGAAGGGGGUUUCAGGCAUCCCACUUGACUGACAGAGACUCUUGGAUUGGACUUAAUCUUAAACCUCUGGAGUUCAAGACCUUUUAAAAAGGGCUAAAUAAACAACCUCUACAUGUAAAAGGCCACUACCUCCUACUUCCUCUUUUUAGAGCAACUGUGAAACUCAGCUGUCUCUAGGAAAUCUGAAGACUUUAAUAACAAACCCUCCAAGGUCAAAAUGAAUACAGAUAGCGGUGGGUGUGCUCGCAAACGUGCUGCCAUGUCUGUUACGUUAACAUCUGUGAAGAGAGUUCAAAGUUCUCCAAACCUAUUGACUGCAGGGCGUGAUUCUCAAUCACCGGACUCAGCGUGGAGAUCUUACAAUGAUCGAAAUCAAGAGACACUGAACGGAGAUGCUACAUAUUCCUCUCUUGCAGCAAAAGGUUUUAGAAGUGUUCGACCAAACCUACAAGAAAAGAAAUCACCAACUCAGGCACCCUUUCCACCAGUCAGAAAAAAGAGCUCUUAUAGCUCCUUUAUAACCAAUCACAGAAAGUCUGACAUUUUAGACUCAUUGGUAACUAACCCACAAACUCCUUCCUGUAUAGAGUACUUUACUAACAAAGAACCUCUUCAUAGAACUAUGCAUUCUAGUGACGAUUCUAGCCAGACUAUUGUAUAUUCUGAAGAAUCCAACACAACUGUGUCAUAUACACAAAAAAUCACUAAUCCACUCCCAACAGCUCCCAGCACAGGUCCUGCCCCCUUCCCUGUCAGUGCCCCAUUGCUACAAGAGGAUUACACACAAGAUUCUCACACCCGGAGAAUUUCUACCUUGAAACUAACCCAUAACCAGGAUCUAAGAAGUAGCAACCCUAUUAGUUCUUCACAGUUCUCCAAACCUGUUGAAGUACCAUUAUUUCUCAGAAGGCCUUCCUCACCACUCCCUAAUCCAGAGCCAGAGAUACACACAGCAUCUCUUUCCAUUCAAAUAGCUCCCCUUUCAGGACAAGAUCCUGAAAGCCACAAACAGCUUCCUGAGCUUUCUCCAGAGACUACAAAGAUUCCUCUUCAGCAAGAGAAACAAAAGUCUGCAGUUGCUGCGGCCUCUAAGUCCUCAGACUGCCGGGUGCGUGGAAAUCAGCACUUAGCUGCCAGUGCGUUGGAGAGCCAGAUAACAGUGAAUGGCAACUCUGGAGGAGCUGUGAGCCCAAUGAGUUACUAUCAACGGCCAUUUUCCCCUUCAGCAUAUUCUCUCCCAGCCUCACUCAACUCAAGCAUGAUCAUGCAGCAUGGCAGAUCCCUUGAUUCUGCAGAGACCUAUUCCCAGCAUGCACAGUCUCUGGAUGGUACCACCAGCAGCUCAAUACCACUGUACAGAUCCUCAGAGGAAGAGAAGAGAGUGACCGUCAUCAAAGCCCCGCAUUACCCUGGGAUCGGGCCAGUGGAUGAAUCCGGAAUCCCCACAGCAAUUAGAACGACGGUUGACCGACCGAAGGACUGGUACAAGACAAUGUUUAAGCAAAUCCACAUGGUGCACAAGCCCGAUGACGACACAGACAUGUACAAUACUCCUUACACAUACAACGCAGGUCUGUACCACCCAUCCUACAGCACUCAGUCACAUCCUGCUGCAAAGACCCAGACCUACAGACCUCUUUCCAAAAGCCACUCUGACAAUGGCACUGAUGCCUUUAAGGAUGCGUCGUCUCCCGUGCCGCCCCCACAUGUUCCACCUCCGGUCCCACCGCUCCGACCAAGAGAUCGGUCUUCAACAGAAAAGCAUGACUGGGAUCCUCCAGACAGAAAAGUGGACACCAGAAAAUUUCGGUCUGAGCCAAGGAGUAUUUUUGAAUAUGAACCUGGGAAGUCAUCAAUUUUGCAGCAUGAGAGACCACCCCCUCUCCCAACAUCUCCGACACCUGUUCCAAGGGAACCUGGCCGGAAGCCUCUUUCCACCUCACCCUACGGAGAAGUCACGCGUAGCCCCUCCCCUCCGCCCAGGAGUGCCAUCCCCGCACCAAACUCGUGCGCCCCAGCUCUCUCUCCCGUCCGGACUGAUCGCAUAAAUCCAGAUGACAUAGAUUUAGAAAAUGAACCCUGGUAUAAAUUCUUUUCAGAACUGGAGUUUGGACGCCCGCCUCCUAAAAAGGCUCUGGACUAUGUUCAAGAUCAUUCUUCUGGUGUUUCCAAUGAGGCCUCCAUAUACCAGUCUAUAGACAGAAGUCUAGAAAGGCCUGCUAGUUCCGCAAGCAUGGCCAGCGACUUUAGGAAACGGAGGAAGAGUGAGCCUGCAGUGGGUCCACCCAGGGGCUUGGGGGACCAAAGUGCAAACAGGACCAGCCCUGGUCGGGCAGACCUCCCAGGAUCCAAUGCCACCCUUACGAAGUCUUUCAUUAGCUCUUCUCCUUCCUCCCCUUCAAGAGCAAAAGACCGAGAGUCUCCUAGAAGUUACUCAUCUACUUUGACUGACUUGGGGAGAAGUGCGCCAAGGGAAAGAAGAGGAACUCCCGAAAAAGAGAAACUGCCUGCUAAAGCUGUUUAUGAUUUUAAGGCUCAAACAUCUAAGGAGUUGUCAUUUAAGAAAGGAGAUACUGUCUACAUCCUCAGGAAAAUUGACCAGAAUUGGUAUGAGGGAGAGCACUAUGGAAGAGUGGGCAUUUUCCCAAUCUCAUACGUGGAGAAACUCACACCUCCUGAAAAAGCACAGCCUGCAAGACCGCCACCCCCAGUCCAGCCGGGAGAGAUCGGAGAAGCUAUAGCCAAAUAUAAUUUCAAUGCAGACACCAACGUGGAGCUCUCGCUGAGAAAGGGAGAUAGAAUUAUUCUUCUUAAAAGAGUUGAUCAAAACUGGUAUGAAGGUAAAAUUCCAGGAACCAACAGACAAGGCAUCUUCCCUGUUUCCUAUGUAGAAGUCAUCAAGAAGAAUACAAAAGGUGCUGAGGAAUACCCUGACCCUCCAAUACCCCACAGCUAUUCUAGUGAUAGAAUCCACAGCUUAAGUUCCAACAAGUUGGCUUCCAGUGAACCAGCCCUUCCUCCCAUGCACAAAGCUUCACCUGGUUCAGACAAAGGAACUUUCCAGGGAAAUGUCAAGGAGUGGUUAUCCCCCACAGAGAAGUGUCCACCAGCAAACUCUCUGUCCCUAACACCAUCUUCUUUUUUGGACACCUUCUUGGAUGAAUUAGAAAAACUUAGCGCUUUAACCUUACCAGGUGACCAAGCCAAACCAAAUACCAUGGAGGAGAUCAUCCUUGAAAUUAAGGAGGAGCCCUCUGUUCUCCUCCCACUGCCUCCAGCGUCCCUAACUGCUGAUUCACAUCACUCUCUAUCACCUUCCCCCCACUUGAGUGUGACCCCAGCUGCGACCCAGCCUUAUGAUACAAUGCCACUUCAGGAUCCCCUAAAGACCACACGAGACAAGUUUGCAGAUUUGAAGAAAAUGAAAAGGGGUUUUUCAGACCCUGAAAGGGUUCUUGAAGUACUGGGUGAUAAAUUUGUGACCUCUGCAAGCACCAAUGUGGGUUCCUUGCCUGAAGCCCUCCCUGUCAUUGGAGAGGAAGAUGAGGAAAUCUGUGAGGGUGUUGUGUCAGGCAUCCAGAGGUGGCCACCAGAAUCUCAAGAACAAGAUGUCUUGUGGUGUGGCCAUCAUGGCACAGAGGUGGCACCAGAGCUGCACAUUGAAGAGGAGGAAGAGAAGGAGAAACCUGGCCGCCUAAAAUAUCCAGUAGGCAUCCCCACAGAUCCUAGGAUCCCUAAGGAAGACAGCAAAGCAGCAAAAUCCAGUCAUGAGGAAAUAAGUUCACCAAAAUUAAAGGCUGAUUUAAAAAGCGAGAUAUUUGUCCUGGGUAAACCUCCUCGUAGCCCAGUGAUGUCUAAGAGAUCCUGCGGCUCACCUGUCAGCAGUUCCCACAGGCCACAGCGUCCUGUGUUUACUCAUGAAAACAUUCAAGGUGGGGGGGAACCGUUUCAGGCUCUGUAUAACUAUACUCCUAGGAAUGAAGAUGAGCUGGAACUCAGAGAAAGUGAUGUCAUUGAUGUGAUGGAAAAGUGUGAUGAUGGAUGGUUUGUGGGAACCUCAAGAAGAACCAAAUUCUUUGGUACUUUUCCCGGAAAUUAUGUCAAGAGGCUGUGAAUCACUCUCCCUCCUUAUUUAUGACGCAUUUCAGCAACACAUCUGCAUAAACUUGCCUGAAACAUCCCUGCAGGCCUCUCGUUGUCAUGCCUUACGGUUUCCAUUACGCCAUCACCAACCCCACCUGCUGCCACUAAACCACCAGCGGAAUAACUGCCUCCAUGAACCUUGAGGAGAUAUGGCAGACUUGCAUCCAUGUGAAAGUGCUUCCUGCCCUAAACUUUGAAAUGUCAAAAUGUGGGAUCAGAAAGGAAAUCAUUAUUUUUAGAAAAGGUAAAAUAUUAAAGCAAAAAAGAAAAUGUCUCCAGGAUACUCUCUGGUCUCCUGGUUGUAUUUGGAAAUUUCUGGAAGAUGGUCUCCCCUCAGGCAACCAGAAGACUGAUUAUUCCAAAAUGCUGUGGUUUGCAUUUUCACAUUCUUAGCUUGGCAGUAUAUUGUCCUUUCACAAGUUUGCCUAGUGUCCUGGUUUACACUAUAUGACAACUGUACUUCAGCUAUUGUUUGCCUGCACUUAUAUGUUGUUAUAUGCACAGUGACUACAAAAUCUAAAGCAAGAGUAGGAAAGUUAAUUUGGAUGGGUGUGAUUUUGUUGACUGAAUGUAAGUUUUCAAAUAGGAGUCUUUUCCUGCAAUUUUUUUGUACUUUUUAGAAGUGCAAACAGUGAGUGAAUAAGAGCCUUUGGUAAUUAUCAUGAGAAUACAAGAGGAUUAGCUAGACUACAGAAAAAAAAUAUUGUGUUGUAAAGUUGCAUUGCUAUUUUAUAUUAAAAUGUAAUCAUCAGCAUCAUGAACAAUGAGCUCUUAGUGUUUUAUUUAUCUGAUAAAGUUUAAAUGAAAGCAGUGUUAGCAGUGCAAAGAACUAUUCUAAUAUAGACACUUGAAAGUAUCUGUAAGCAAUAUUAGUAGGUAAGUUUUCACUGUGUGUACACAUGUGCAUUUGAGAUUGUAUGAGAACAUAUAAUCCAUAUGAUGUACAUUUUAUGGAAAUGUAAAAGAAUCCCACAUACUAUUUUAUAGAGUACUUCAGAAGCAUCACAAGUAUUAAGGCUGGUUUUAGCAAGGAUUAUGAUCAACACAAUUAUUUUUACUAUAAUAAUUAUUUUUCUUCAGUGGAACCCAGAAUCCUGCCUACAUUUGAGAACAGGAAUAUGUUGAGCCUGAUUUUUCUGGUAUGUGUAAAAUAUUUCCUAGGAAAAAAUUAGGCACGUUUUAGAGACAAUGUUAAAUCGUUCAGGUAAUAUUUUUGCCCUAAAGCAGAAAUUUGCAAAAUUACAUUGGACCUGAAAGAUUUAAUAGGGUUAACAGUGCCUGAAUUACACAUACCCUGAGAACUAGCUUUGUAUUUCUUAUGACUUUGCAUAAGAACUAUUCAUCUUUGGAUCUUGAGCACCUUAUAGACAAAACUUUUUAUGGCAUUUCUUCCGUGAACAGUGAUUAAUCUUUUCACAAUACAUAGACUCUUGAAUUUUGUACAUAUGUUUGUUCUUUUUUGUACAGACUAUUUAGUUGUUGAGAAAGCAGGGGAAUUUCCUAAUUUGGUCUUUAUCCUGCACUUAAACUUUGCUAAAACACUUUCAGCAGAAUAUCCUUUACCUAUCUCACAGAUCACACCCCUUGAUAGUGCGAUUCUGUAAGGUAGCAUUUAUGCAAAACUUUAUGAGUUUAAAAGAUCUUAGCAGCCAAAUUGAAAUGUACAUAAAUACUGAUUACAGAGGAAUUUCAUUAGGAAGAAGGUUUAAAAAAGCAUUUUUGAGUAGACCACCUUGAUUACCAUCAAAUUCACAAUCAGCUUUAUACUUUCAAGGCUUUGGGUUUGAAAUUAAGUCAACUGCAUGCAGAUUUACUGAUAAAUAAAUAAUUCUCUUUGAUGCCAUUUAUGAGAGAAGACUUCAAUAUCUGUUGCCUGUCAUAUUUAAGAAAACGUACUGUUUCUACUCUGUAUCUGAUUUUAAAAGGAAAAAUAUUCAUACCUGGAUUUCAGGUAAUUGAUUUUGAAUUCUUACAAGCAGAGGUCAUUGUGUUUUUCUUGAAUAGACAUCUAAUAAAUUUUGCUUGGAAGUAUA